UCUGGAGUCAUAACGAAGCUCAUAACUGCUUAUGAGUCUAGUACGAGUGAAGGAGGAACAGGCUGAUUAAGACCGUUAAUAUUUAUUAAAAGAGUAAGAGAUUUAUUUUAUAUUUAUAAGGAUAAUUUAGGUGUAAAUUCUACACAUGGUGGAUCUUCGAGUGUCGUCUGUCUGAAGGCUGAUGUCACCAUGUUUUAUAGAAUGUCGAGAAAUAUUACAGUAACAAUCCUCAUGUUACUGACAGGAGUUCAGUCUCAGCACGGUGUAACUUUCUCCUCUCAGAGUCUCUGUGUUGUUAUUGGAUCUACAGUAAAAAUCCCCUGUACAUUUACACCUGAUCACUCCAAACUCACAGAGAGACAGUGGUAUCGAGGCCAGAGCUCUGAAGGAGAACCAAAAGAGCUGAGCAAAGAUCCAGAAUAUUCAGGACGUGUGUAUGUAAACACCUGGGGGUCUGACUGUAGUCUGACAGUGAGUAAUGUGAGAGUGAGUGACUCUGGAGUUUAUAACUUUAGAUAUAAAACACAGAGCAGUGACUGGAUAUCAGCUUCAUCUGGAGUUCAACUGAAUAUUACAGACUUGCAAGUGAAGGUGGAUCCUAACACUGUAGGACAGAGAGAAGUGAAUGUGACCUGUAGGUCCAUCUGCAGACUCAACACACAUGGUUUCUACUGGUACUGGAAUGACUAUAUCAAAUACACAGAAGACGCCUCCAUUGUACUUGACUCCACCAGUAAAUUUGAUGUAGGCUGCUACUCCUGUCAGGUGCAUGAGAGUAAACACCGCUCUCCUCCAGUGUGUGUACUGGGUAGAGAGUAUUGGGGUGUGACUUACACUGCUGAACAUGUGUGUGCUCUGAAAAACACAUCAGUUGAUCUUUCCUGCUCUUAUAAAUAUCCUGCAGACCACACGGUGAUAAAAUCAGUGUGGUUCAUUAAAGAGCAGAUUGAUGUUGAGCCUGAGGAUGUGAGAGAGGAUGAGGAGUAUCAGGGCCGAGUGCAGUACACACAGAGCUCCCAGAAUGACUGUAGUCUGAGAAUCACUAACCUGAGAGAGAGAGACACUCAAACAUACAGGUUCAGAUUCCACAUUGAUGAUUCUACAGAAAAAUACACCGGAGAACCUGGAGUCUCUCUGUCUGUCACAGAUCUGAAGGUUACAGUAUCAGACUUGGACAACUGGAAUAAGAAGCUGAGCUGCAUCACCACUUGCACUCUGUCUAACAACCCCACUUACAUCUGGUACAAGAACGGACAGCGUGUUACUGACCAGGACAGAAAUGAACUGGAUGUUAGCAGUGAGGAUGCAGGCAGCUUCUCCUGUGCUGUAAGAGGACAUGAGGAAUUUUGCUCUCCUGCUGUCUGCAUUUAUGAUGAGAAGAGCUGCUGGAGUGUGACUUACUCCACCCAAUCUAUCUGCUCUCUGAUUGGCUCAUCAGUGGACAUACACAGUUAUUACACCUUCCCUAAUAAAUACAAUGUCACAGAAGUGAUUUGGUUCACUGAAGACCUGGAGGAUGUGAGAGAGGAUGAGGGGUAUCAGGGCCGAGUGCAUUACACACAGAGCUCCCAGAAUGACUGUAGACUGAGAAUCACUAACCUGAGAGAGAGAGACGCUCAAACAUACAGGUUCAGAUUCUACACUGAUGAUCCUACAGGAAAAUACACCGGAGAACCUGGAGUCUCUCUGUCUGUCACAGAUCUGAAGGUUACAGUAUCAGACUCGGGUAGUGGACAAAUCGAUCUGAGCUGCAUCACCACCUGCACUCUGUCUAACAAACCCACUUACAUCUGGUACAAGAACGGACAGCGUGUGUCUGAGUGUAAAUCUGCCUCCUGCUCUGUAGCUGCAGUCGGUGGUGCGGUCAGUUACAGCUGUGCUGUUGAAGGCCAUGACAGUCUCCUCUCUCCUCCAGUGUAUUCCCCUAAAAACACCACAGCAGUGGUUCUUUCCUCUGGAGACACAGUGGAGGGGGAUUCAGUGACUCUGAGCUGUAGCAGUGAUGCAAACCCUCCUGUUCUCACCUACUCCUGGUUUAAACAGAGUUCAGCUGCACUGCUGAUAACAGGCCAGAAUUACAGCAUCAGUAAUAUCAGCUCCCAGCACAGAGGACUGUACUACUGCACUGCUCACAACCAGCUGGGACACCACAACUCUACACCAACACACCUGGAUGUGUUGUAUUCCCCUAAAAACCCCACAGCAGUGGUUCUUUCCUCUGGAGACACAGUGGAGGGGGAUUCAGUGACUCUGAGCUGUAGCAGUGAUGCAAACCCUUCUGUUCUCACCUACUCCUGGUUUAAACAGAGUUCAGCUGCAGACACACUGCUGAUAACAGGCCAGAAUUACAGCAUCAGUAACAUCAGCUCCCAGCACAGAGGACUGUACUACUGCACUGCUCACAACGAGCUGGGACACCACAACUAUACACCAACACACCUGGAUGUGCUCAGUAAGUGCAGCAUAAAACAUUUAUGUAGCUGUAUAAAGUAUUUAAUUUUAUUUAAAUUUUUAAGUAGGCUCUAAGAACAGUGUGUUACCAUUCACCAUGUUGGGACUAUUUGUCUUCUUGGCAUUAACACUCAUCCCAGGAGCUCUGUGGAUGUGGAAGAGGAAGCGGAGCUCAGCUAAUGGCCACAGCAACACUGGUGAGAGUGGACAGCCUCAGUCUGCUGCAGUGCAUGAAAUUAUCUCAGCCUCAAACCAUAGCAGAAGAGUCUCAGACGAACAGGAUGACGGUCACUACGCCA